AUGAUGGCCUGCAGAAGAAGAAGAAGGAUUACAAGAACAAAUUGCACCAUUACAUGGUUUACAUUGUUACUCUUGUUAUGCUCUGCGCACCCGUUUUCUUCUGCUAGGGACACACUCACAUAUGACACUCCAAUUACAGAUGGGGUUCGAUCAGAAACUCUUGUUUCAGCUGGAGGAAAAUUUGAACUGGGAUUUUUUACACCUUCAUCAGCGCAAAGCUCUGGCCUUGAUAGAAGAUAUGUUGGCAUUUGGUAUUACAAUAUGAGUCCAUGGACAGUUGUUUGGGUUGCCAACAUAGAAGACCAACCAGUUGCUGUCAGUUCAACGAGUACUAGAGUUUUUGCAAUCAAAGAUGGUAAGCUCCAAGUUUUGGAUAACUCUAGUCGAAAGUCUUAUUGGUCAACAGGCCAUGAAACAUCCACAUCGUUAAAUUUGACGGUGAGGCUUAUGGAUUCUGGGAAUCUGGUGGUGUUAAGGGAUGGUGAUGAUGAUCCAUUGGCAGUGAAUAAUAUUUUGUGGCAGAGCUUUCAAAAUCCAACUGAUACAUUCAUUCCUGGGAUGGUGAUGGAUCAAAGCUUACAAUUGACUUCAUGGAUAGACCAAUUCAACCCAGGAAUCGGGGACUUCACCUUCAAACUAGAUCAAGAAGGAGACCAGUUUGUUGUUAGCGAGAUCCUAUAUAACCCUGCUAGGGUUUGUAACCUUGUAUUAUAA